AUGAGAUCAAAGAUGGCGGAAACUUGGAAGGCGGUGCUUGAGCUGAAGAGUAAUUUGGCGGGUUCGGAUUAUUGUUUGCGUCCUCUUCUACUAAUUGAGCAAAAGUCUUGCGAUAGCGCUGCUUGUAAUCUGCAUGAGGGUCAUCAUGAAAAUUAUCUUGCUCCAAAGCUUCUAAAGCUUUUCUUUGCCUUCUUUUCCGCGCAGCUUCAUCAAGCAUUCGCUUUUGAUAAGCAUCCUUAAUUCUACCAGAUUCUCUCCCAGCCAUCUUCAU